AGGACCUUACAACUACCACAAAGAAUGGCGAGAAGAAGAAGCCCCGACGGUUUGGUUCCUGGUUGCAUAAAAAUCUUCUGCUGUUCAGCUUGAUCAUUUUCCUUGGUCCGUUUCUUGUCUUAACAGUUUUUGUCAGCCCCAAUAUGUUUAAAGGGUUAGGGACGUGGUUGGGUUUAGAGAGCCCGACGUACGAAAAGACGUCGGAUGAUAAGGAAAAUCUGAGUAUGGAGCAGGAAGAGAAGGUGGUGGAAGCACAAAAUGAGGUAAACAAACAACAACCAGCUGACAAGGAGACAGAACCAGAGCCAAAUCACGAAAACCCUGAGCACAACAAAGGACUUGGUGAUUUCAUCUUCAGUUUUGCCUCCAAUGCCACCAAGAAGAUCUCAGAUUCUAUGGUUGAGACUGCCCAGACCAUUAAGAAGUCGGUGGAAGAAGGAAAGAUUGACGGCAUCAUAGACAAAGCACGUUGUGCAGCAGGCUUGUUUGACAACUUUUGUAGCCCUCGCUCCGGCGAGAUAUGUGAAUCCGUGUUUACAUUUCUUGGAGACUUCCAGAAGGAGCAGGAGAAAUUUGUUCAAGAGAAGAAGGCAAAAAAAUCGGAAGCAGCAGUACCUCCCUGGGUCGGCUACAACGAGGAGGAGACAAUCCAGCAGCAGAUUCUUGCCCUGUCCGCUGACAAGCGGAACUUCUUGAGGGACCCCCCGGCCGGUGUUCAGUUCCACUUUGACAUGGAGAAUAUGUAUCCUCUGGCUGCCGUCAUGCUUGAGGAGGACGAGCUCCUGAAUCGUAUGCGAUUUGACCUGGUGCCUAAACACGUGAAGGAGGAAGUGUUUUGGAGAAAUUAUUUCUACCGGGUGUCCCUGAUCAAGCAGUCGGCCCAGCUCACGGCGCUGGCUGCCCAGCAGCAGCAGAAGGCCGACGAGGAGGGUGGCGCUGAUGUGUCACCAGACGAUAUCAGCUUAACAGACAAUGUCAGACCAAAAACUCCUCCAGUUGCCAUCAGUGAAUCGCAGCCACCACAUGAGGAAGAGGAGGAGAUUUCAACCAGUCCUGGAGUCUCAGAGUUUGUCAGUGAUGCUUUUGACUCGGCAGCCAUCAACCAGGAGGAUCUGAGGAAAGAGAUGGAGCAGCUGGUUCUGGAUAAGAAGGACAGCGUGCCAUCUCCUGAUGACGAGGCAGCGGAUUGGGAAAAGGAGUUGCAGCAAGAACUUCAGGAGUAUGAAGUUGUGACUGAGUCAGACAACAGGGACGACCAGUGGGACCAGGAGAUUGAGAAGAUGCUCCAGAAUGACGAAAGCUAAAGAAGUAAAACGAGCGUUUGUUGACCUCAAAGGCAAUAAUUAGCUGGAAUGGAUGAACAUUGAGCAAGGAUGCAAAAAGGGGGGGCUUCAAAGUCCCCAUCGGUUCCACAGAUACCUGAUGAAGUGAUUUAGAGACAGUAAUAGCAAGGAUGCUUCCGCUGGAGGCAGCAGCUAUGUCCAGAAAUAUUAGUGAAGUACUACUUUCUGAUUAGGUUUUAUCUCGGUGUCCCUCUACCAACUGUCUUCUAAUCAAAAGCCUCUAGAGGGUGCUCCAGUAUAAGUUCAGUAUAAGUCACUUUUACACCGGGAUGGUCUGUACUCAGAUUUUACCUUAGGUUUCACAGGUUCUUCCUGGUUGGUUGUAAGGUCAUGUCUUAAUUUCGCAGCAGCGUGGCUGAAGUAAAACGUGAAAUGCAAAUGUAAAUAAGGAGGGUCGAACGCGACACGGGGGGUUGCAUCUCCUUCGUUAUUUCUGCUCGUCUGUUUAAAUCAUAUUAUGAUCAGCUCCUGCGCACAUCUGCUUUACUUGCUUCUGUGCAACUGGAAAUCUGUACAUUUCUCUGUUUCACCUACCUGCUUUAUAUUCUUUAAUAAAUAUUAAUAAUGUUA